GUUAAGAGUAAUGCGGUGCGUGCGUUGGGGAACCUGCUCCACUUCCUGUCUGUCAGUCAGCUGAACCGGCCAGGGUUCCAGCGCCCCCUGGAGGAGGCGGUCAGCGCACUGGUCACCACAGUCCAAUCAGAAGCCACGAUGAAGGUCCGCUGGAAUGCCUGCUACGCCCUGGGCAACGCCUUCAGGAACCCUGCCCUGCCACUCGAUUCUGCUUCCUGGUCCGGCGAUGCGUUUUCCGCCCUCUGCUGUGUUGUCACUUCCUGUCAGAACUUCAAGGUGCGCAUCAAGUCUGCCGCUGCCCUCUCCGUCCCCGCCUGCCGUCAUUGCUACGGUGAUGCGGAGCGGUUCGGGGAUGUUUGGCUCACUGGCCGCGGCGUUGGAACACAGCGAGGAGACGCAGGACUUCCUGGA